CGGGUUUUUGGUUCGUCAGGCGGGGAGGGCGGGGGAAUCCGUAGCUUCGCCUCCCCGCCCGCACUGUUUGCGGGGGGUGGGACGGUCGGUCGGGCGGGUUUUUGGUUCGGAAGGCGGGGAAGGCGGGGGAAUCCGCAGCUUCGCCUCCCCGCCCGCACCGCCCGCGGGCGGCCACACAGAGAUCGCCAUCAACAUGGCGGCGGCGAAUAACCCUCGGAAAUUCAGCGAGAAGAUCGCGCUGCACAACCAGAAGCAGGCGGAGGAGACGGCCGCCUUCGAGGAGGUGAUGAUGGAGAUCAACAACUCGCGGUUACAAGCACAGAAGGUGCAGCAGCUUCGCCUGUCGCACACGCGAGGGCAGUAUUAUGGCGGCUCGCUCCCAAACGUGAACGCCAUCUCAAGCAACACCGCCGAGUUCCAGAGUCCCUUCAACUCGGGGCUGGACUCCAGCCGAGGAACGCGGCAUCACGGACUGGUGGAGAGGGUACAGAUCGCCAGGCUGAUGUCACCGCACAGACGGCAGGUCGACAGCUCCCCGUACAGCUCUGCGUACCUAUCACCUCCACCAGACACCAGCUGGAGAAGGAGUGCCCUACCCUGGUGCAACUUCCCAGCCGAGAAGGGACAUCGCUUUGGAUUGACGUCAGCCCUGAACAGAACCAACUCGGACUCUGCGCUCCACACCAGUGUGAACAAUCCCAGUGGCACAGUUCCCUUCACCAGCACCGCACAGACAGCACUGAGCCAGAUCAAGAAAAGUGGUUUGGUGGACGGAGACCUGGAUAGCCUCGGUAAAGCUUUCUCCUACUCGGUCUCGCCCAGCAAUAACCUCCAGGAUGAGGAUAGGCCACUGCCCAAGGCACUGUGGGACACUCAGAAGGUCCAGAGCGUGGCGUCCCGGCCCAAGUCCUGUGAGGUUCCUGGCAUCAACAAGGGCCGCCUGCUGUUCUCUGAACCAGGGACGUUGUUGACUCAGGAGGGCUUGGAGGAGUCGAUGGCCUGGUCACCGCCUGCCCAGCUGAAGGAUGACGUGUGGAGGCGAGGCAACAAGAUAGGCCUCUUCCCGUCACCGGACGCGGCCGGUGGGGUGUCACAUGUUCCCGGGGCGCUGAACACAGGUGGCUCCCUCCCGGACCUCACCAACCUGCACUUCCCGUCUCCGCUGCCCACGCCUCUGGACCCCGAGGAGUCGGCCUACAGCGGGAUCAGCGGGGGCAGCAGCACCGGCAACCUAGCCAGCACCAUGACCCAGCUGGGCCUCGGCACUUCCCUCAGGAUGGCCUCCGGCUUCGACGGCACAGGUCUCUCCUCCUCGCUGCAAGGGUCCCUCAGCAACAUGUCUCUGCAGUCGUCCCUCAGCAACCCCUCCCUCCAGUCGUCGUUGAGCACCUCCUCCCUCCACUCCUCGCUCAGCGGCUCCUCCCUCCACACCUCUCUCAGCAACCCCUCGUUGGCCCCGGCCCCCAAGCAGUCACCGCUGAGCGCCUCUCCCCUCCACUCCUCCCUCAGCACCUCGCCCAGGAGACGGGCACCACUCAAUCCCCUCGUCCUGUCCGGACCUGACUCCAGGAGGACCCACGCCAAACAGUUCUCGCCCACCAUGUCUCCCACCCUCUCGUCCAUCGCCCAGGGUAUUCCCUUGGACACCAGCAGCCUCUCCAUAGACCAGCAGUUGCCACCCUAUCCUUUCUGCCAGCAGAAGGCGUACCAGCAGGCCGGCUUCCAACCAUCCCAAUCCCAGCAGACAGGUUAUCAACCAUCCCAAUCCCAGCAGACAGGUUAUCAACCAUCCCAAUCCCAGCAGACAGGUUAUCAACCAUCCCAAUCCCAGCAGACGGGCUACCAAAAGACCCAGACUCCCCAGCAGACAGGUUUUCAACCAUCCCAAUCCCAGCAGACAGGUUUCCAACCACCCCAGCAGACAAGUUUCCAACCAUCCCAAUCCCAGCAGACAAGUUUCCAGACAUCCCAAUCCCAGCAGACAGGUUAUCAACAAUCCCAAUCCCAGCAGACAGGUUAUCAACAAUCCCAAUCCCAGCAGACAAGUUUCCAGACAUCCCAAUCCCAGCAGACAGGUUAUCAACAAUCCCAAUCCCAGCAGACAGGUUAUCAACAAUCCCAAUCCCAGCAGACAGGUUAUCAACCAUCCCAAUCCCAGCAGACAGGUUAUCAACCAUCCCAGCAGAGUUUCCAACUAUCCCAGCAGACAAGUUUCCAACCAUCCCAAUCCCAGCACAUAGGCUAUCACAAAUCCCAUCCCUCCCAGCAGACAAAUUUCCAGUUGUCCCAGUCCCAGCAAACAAGUUUCCAACUGUCCCAGUCCCAGCAGGCAGGCUACCAGCAGUCACAAUCCUCCCAGCAGACAGGCUACCAACAGUCCCAGUCCUCCCAGCAGACAGGCUCCCAGCAGACAGGCUACCAGCAGCCACAGCCAGGUUACCAGCAGACGGGAUCCCAGCAGUCGGGUUACCAGCAGCCCCAGCAGAAGCCGUUCCAGCAGCCCUACCAGCAGCAGAAGCCACCAACGUUCCAGCAACCUCAUACCAACACUGUUCAGCACCACCAGCAGCCAUCGUCACUGCCCUCCUCCUCCCAGCCGGCACCCGGACCCCUCAGUUACAAAUCAGAUGCAACGACAGCCAACCUGAACAGCUCCUUGUUCUGUGGAGAUGUGGGGAACUCCUUACCCCACACCGAGGGCCUGAUGGGGAGCAGCCCGCUGCUCCGGGAACCCCCGCCGCUCAGCAAGCAGAACCUGUACUGCUCCACACGCACGGGCACCAUCCCCGACAUCAUCCUCACAGGCGACUCCCCGCCCGGCUUCUCCAAGGAGAUCACCAGCGCCCUGGCGGGCGUGCCGGGCUUCGAGCUCGAUUCCCAGUACCCGCUGGAUGACGAGCUGAAGGUGGAGCCCCUGACCUUGGACGGAUUGAGCAUGCUCAACGACCCCGACAUGACCCUCCUGUCCGACCCCACUGUCGAGGAUACCUUCCGGACCGACCGGCUGUAGCGGCGGGGUGUGGGGGUUGUCUGCCUCCCUCCGCACCCUCAGCCCAAGGCCGUCGGAGACGGGACCCUCGGGGGUGCCGAGGCCGGAAAGGCGAGUGGGGGCCUGGUCAUCGGACAACAGCCCCAGGGCGUGCGCCGAUCGCUCGCUGCCCUCCAGCACGGACCGACGGAGGUCCACCCAGUGUAAAUACCGUGUAUUAUUACGCUGUAUUAUGGA